AUGUUUCUCUAUCAAAGUGCGUGCUCACCCAUAUAUCUCACCGGCGUGUAUAUUUUUGUUUCAUCGGCUACAGCCGGCGCCACGACGCCCACACCAGUCGUCACAGCAUUGCCAGUCAGCGCAGUAGAAGUACAGGGCGGAGUCAAUUCGGCGGCACGGGCAAUACAAGGCAUGGGCAACAAAUUUGGUCUGGAUAGUGUGGACGAUAUGGUCGAUCAUUCUCUGGCCGAAAACAUUGUUGAGGAUUUCGGCUUCUCGAUCGAAGACUUCUCCGUUGCAGUGGUUGUCAACUCACCGUCCGACCGGAGUGCCACCAACACCGCCACAUCCAACACCACCACCAUAUAUGCUGCACUACACGCAGCCCAACAGCGGGGCGCAGCUAACCGAGUCCCAGGUACAGCCGGCGCUAAUACGAAUGAGAUAACUGUUGUGGGUGCGAUGAGGAUCGAUGCCAAUGCUACGGCCAGCGCGAUCGUGAGCGAUACGAAUCAGUUGGGAGUUGCAGGGCCUGUGAGCCAGUUGCACAGGUCGAAAAGCGGUUCAAGGAUAGUUAGCAGCUCGAAUGGGAAUUUGUCAGAGGUGGCAUCGCCUUCGCCUCUUCGGAAUUCAAAAUCUGCGAUACAUCUCUCCGAGUCGAAAUCUCAAGGUACAUCGGACUCAGCAGUAAAGCUUAAACAAGAAGAUUCCAAGGGAACUAUAAAUAUAUCAGCGCAGACCUGAGUAAUGAAGCGAUUUAGUACUUCAAAGGAUGUAAUAAAAG